UUAACGAGCCGAGACAUCAGUGUUAUUCAUAUAGAUCAUCCACCAGCGAAUUAUGCUGGUCGUACGGAUGCCACUAAAUCACUUAAUGUCGUUGACGACUCGUUUUUUAUUCGGAUUCACCGGUAUGUACACUGCUUCGACUCCAAGUGUCUGAGUUCGUACAGUAGAGGGAACAUUCUGGCUGAAAUCGAGUUGGACUAUUAACAUAGCCUACUUUCCAGUUCCGUGGACCGUCGAUCGAAACUUCGAGAGGUGUCGCCUUGACGCAACACGAGUACCAACAUUCGAGGUCGUAUCGUUUGAUGAGAGCUUGGGUUGCCUGGUGCUGGUGGAGCAUCUUCUCUACCGCGUUCUCUCUCUCUGUACCAUCUUUACAGAUAUGAUCGAGUGUCCCCUGGAUUGCAUGCCACUGCUGUUGCUUUGAACCUGAAAGGAAUAAAGGACCGUCUUGUCAGUUCUCUUUUCGAUUUCUUUUCGAAAUAAACCGGAAUGCAUAUUUGGCUGAUAUAUCGUUAUACAACUGGAGAAGCGGCGCAAAGGGUUCAUAAAUUCAUCUCACAGGAUUAUAAGAACACUUUGGAUUUGGAUUUUCGUCCAACUUAGGGUGCCAUGCUCCACAAUUACUUUGAGGAUGAAUAGAACGCUUACGUGCUACUUCCUUGUGUUACUGAUAUUAGAAGGAGUACAUCUUUCGUAUGUAUGUCCUCCGGAGCUUUGCCCGUCAUCUAUGGUGUCCAGGGGAAGAUCGGACGCAGUUGCGAGUCGCCUGGAAGGUGGAUUCAACCCAUUCUUUGAAGGUGACAUCGUCCUUGACAAGGAGGACUCCGUGAGGGCUGAGCGGUGGUGGAGGCGCCAGAAUCGCCGCCGGGGGCUGAGGAGCAGGCGGGAAACGGUCAAGCAGAAGAAACGACUUUGGCCGAAAGCGAUUGUCCCGUUUACUAUUGACCCGAGGCUGCCUCCCACGACCAAGAAAAACAUCGCAGAGGCUAUCCUCCAUUACGAGAGGUUCACUUGCCUCAGGUUCCGACCGAGGAAAUAUUCAGAUGUGGACUACAUUAGGUAUUCAUAUCAGCCAGGUUGCUGGUCGUACAUUGGACGGCAAGGAGGACCUCAAAGACUUGUCCUUGGAAAAGGAUGUGAAAAGUUCGGGACCAUCAUCCAUGAAACAGGCCACGCUCUUGGGCUCUGGCAUGAGCAGAGCCGUCUUGACAGAGACAAAUACGUGAAGGUGAUCAGGGACAAUGUUUCGCCGCGUUUCCUCAAAGAUUUCGGUGUUGUCGGUAAGAAAAGCACAACGAGCAGAGGAUACCCAUACGAUUACGAAAGCGUCAUGCAUUAUGGAGAAAAAUAUUUUACCAUCAAUGGUAAACCGACAUUGGAGGUUAUAGGUAUAGGGAAAGCGCUUGGUCUGAAGAUUGGACAGAGGGAAGGCUUGAGUGCCUUAGAUGCAGCACAACUCGGUGAUAUGUAUCAGUGUCAGACAAAAAAUAAAAGAGUAUGUGACUCAACCUGGGUGGAACACAAAGCAAGCUGCUACAAAUUCUUCAGGAAACCGCCAAAGCAAUUUGGAGGAGCCUUGGAUUUUUGUAAGAACAAAGAUUCCGAGUUACUCAGCAUUGAUGAUCGGGAUGAGGACACUUUCAUUAAAAAAUACCUCACAAAACACCGGUCAGAUACAGCCACCUGGCGGACAGGGGGGAAGAAAGAUGACUACUUUGGCUGGAUCUGGCAACAUUCUGAUGACAGGUCUCACAAGAGGAUGUCCUACCAGAAGUGGGCAGAUAAGGAACCCGCUGGGAGCCGGACCACACUCGUCCUGAAAAAGGAGCCCAAUAAGGACACCUUCAAAUGGAGGGCAGAAUGGGCCGGUUCCUAUAGACAGUUACCUGCGUAUAGCUAUGGAUUUAUUUGUGAGAGAGACACUACAGCUAAAGGAUGUUUCCGCAGUCGUUUCCGAGAUGGCCGCGACUACAGAGGUGACAUCAACUUCUCAGACAAAGGCCUCGUCUGCCAGAAGUGGACAUCACAAUGGCCCCAUCAACACACGUCGCUUGAUGACAACCCCAACAAGAACACCCAGAAUGGUUUAGGCGAUCACAAUUUUUGCAGGAAUCCUGAAGGACGAAAAGCAAAACCUUGGUGUUAUGUCACGAAACAAAAAGUCAUCUGGCAAUAUUGUAAUGUCAAUCUUUGUAGCCUAGUGUAGAUUGGGGCAGAAGCGUCCAAAUUCGGUCAAUGAGGACAA